AUGAGUUCAAGAGCUCGAAAAAUAGUUUCAUUAGCAGUGAAAUCUUUGAACGAGGAAGAUUCUCAACAGGCAACAUCGUCUGCUGAUCCAGACCCAUCAUCGCAGGAAUCACCCUGCACCCGAAAUUCUCCCUUACUUCCACAAGCAGCAGGUUCAAAUCAAAGAAGCAGGGCAUAUAUUAUAUCGUCUUCAGAAUCUGAACCAUUUGAGAGUUCUGAAGAUUCAUACAGACCUUCAGAUGACGAGGUUGAAACUCCCAACGUGUUGUCAGAAAGUGAAGUAUCAAGUGAUGACGACAAAAAUGAUAAUGGCAACGUUGCGGAAACAGACGAUUUGGACAGGUGGGGACCUUGUACGGAACUGCCAGUCACUUUCCAAUUCACUAGGCAAAGUGAGACACUUACACCAAACGAAGAGGUCGUGAUAGAUGAAAGUAUGGUGCCUUGGAGAGGCAGGUUAGUAUUCCGGCAGUACCUUCCUGCGAAAUCACAUAAAUAUGGUGUGAAAAUAUAUAAAGUGUGUACAACAGAAGGGUACACCUAUGACUUGCGAAUCUACGCCGGAAAAAACAUUUCAACUGGUGUCACAGCACAAAAUGGGAAGGGACACACAUAUAACAUCUGUAUGGACUUACUGAAAGACCUCAAACAUGAGGGACGCAUAUUAUAUAUUGAUAACUUUUACACCAGUGUGCAACUGUGUCGCGAUCUUCUGCAAUCUCACACAUAUGUGUGUGGAACUCUACGCAGUAAUCGAAAGGGAAAUCCGAAAACAGUGUGCACGAAAAAACUGAAGAGGGGAGAAGUUUAUGGCCAACAGAAUCAAGAUGGAAUUCGUGUAUUGAAGUGGGUAGAUAAACGACCUGUUUUGAUGAUUAGUUCUGUUCCGGCUCAUGCAGCUUGCCUAGUACCAACGGGUAGGAAAAACCGAAAUGGAGAUGAUAUAGUCAAACCACAUGCAAUUAUUGCUUAUAACAAAGCAAAAAAAGGUGUUGAUGUUUCGGACCAGAUGUCCUCUUACUACACUUGUCUGAGAAAAAGCCUAAAAUGGUAUAAGAAAGUUAUAUUUGAGAUUAUGCUCGGAACAUGUAUUGUGAAUGCUUGGGUUUUACACAACAAUUACAACAAAGGUGGAAAAAAAAUGGACAUGCUUAGGUUCAGAGAAAACGUUAUUCAUGGGUUGCUGAACCAAGGAGAUGCAACUACUAGUGCAGAUAUACAAGGUGGAGGCGAUGGACCCAUGAAUGAGAAUUUGGAGCACUCAAGAAAGAGAAAGCGGUCGAAGUCGCAACAUAAGAUUGGGAAGUAUGAAGGGAGUGCAAGAAAAAACAGAAGAAGGUGCAGUGCUUGCUACAAACGUAUCCAACAAGAGAUGGGUUCCAAAGAGGCGAGAGUAAAAGCAAAAAAAGUGCUUACAUAUUGUGUUGAUUGUGAUGAAAAACCAACUCUCUGGAACAAUAAACUGGAUCCUACAUAUAUAACCGCAAAACCAAGACGUCAUUAUCAGGAUUGCCAGACUGAAGUGAAGCUGAGUGGGACAUGUCGUCAAAGACGAGGAAAUAAGUCGACUAAACAUCUGCUUACAAUACAUAAAGGGAGUAGAGGCAGACCACAGAGAAGCUGGGUGGACGAUAUAACCUACCAAGUUGAAACGAAGUGGAUGAGAGAAUCUCGGGACAGCAGAAUGUGGAAGAUAAAAGAUGAGGACUAG